UUUAAAAGAAAAAAAAUAGCCAUACGUUUGCCAUCCAGGCGUUUAUCCCUUCUCCCCUCUUGGCGGCGACGACUAGGCGAGCCGCGCCUUCCGUCAGUGGUCGACUGCGGACUGCCUCUCUUCUCUCCUCCGACGAUUCGUGCUCGUCCAACCCUGGUGGGUGGUGGUAGACGGCCGGCGACGAGGAGCUGUACAUGGUUGUCUUGACGUCCGAAAUAAAUCAAGGUUCAAGCAAGAUUUAGGAGUUAUUCAAAAAAUACAGGGUUUCCAGCCUUCCAGUUAAAUGAUCAAAUGACCUGUAGAAUGUCAGCAAGCAAGCAAAAGAAACGACAGAUAAAUUAUACUAACUCAGAACAAUGUAGGCCGGGGAAGAAAACAAAAUUUGACUCAUCCAAUUGUCUUGUAAGUUUGAAGCCUCAUAUUGGUCUUAAAUGGGACCAAUAUCUGAGGAGAGUUGUGCCAGAAAAGGAACAAGUUGGAAUUUUGUGGUCAGACUUGGCUCCUUUCAUGGAAAACCAGGAACAUUGUUCCGGCCUUGCUGAUGUUACAUAUGUUCCUCCAGAAACUUUUUCUCUCGAGAGCCUGAGAGGUGUGCUAUCCUAUGAGGUAUGGUCUACAUGUCUGACAGAAACUGAGAGAAAGUUUCUCAAACAAUUUCUUCCAAGUGAGACUGAUGCAGAAGAAAAUGUACAUUUGUUGCUUACAGGAAAAAAUCAUCACUUUGGAAAUCCUUUCCUCAGCUGGUCAUCUUCUCUUUGCUAUGGUGAUAUUCAUCCGGAUGCCAUACUUAACAAGGAGAAGCACAUAAAAAAGGAUGAGAAGGCAUAUCGUGUUAACUUGCUUAAUUAUCAUUCCAACAUGGUUGACACCUUGAAGAAAUGGAAGAAGAGAUGGCUAAACUGCGGUGAUAUAGAGAAUUUGUUCAGGGAUAACCCUGGUAAUCAGAAGCAAGUAGCUAUGCAGCAGAAAGCUACUAAGGGUGGAAUGCCCAUGAAGGUUGCACAAAGAGUUGAUGUUUCAAAGUUUAUGUCAUACAUCAAGGUUAGUAGAACACAACUAAACCAUAUCAAGAGACUGAAGCAAUCUGGGGAUGGCAUUCAGACCAAGCAUGUUUCACGUGUAAUUGGUGGCCUUGAUAAAUCCCAUGUAAAACCAUAUGGAGCUUUAUUAGAGGAUGAACAUAGGAGACUGCGUGAGCAUUGGUUGAACAUGUCGUGCAAUGAUCUACCUGCUGCUUUUGAGGUUCUUAAGGACAGGAAGGCACUGAUGGAGAAAUCAAGAAAGUUAUUAGGCCUUGAGCUUGAAGAGAAGAAUGUGUCUGUCUCGAGAAAGGCAGACCAGUUAACAGACAUUACAAACGAGCUAGGACAACCUGGUGCUAGCGAAAAUGAUGGUAGCCCAAUUUUGCAAAAUGGCCAGGUAGAACACUCACCUCAAAGUAUGUUUCAAGGUGGGGAUGGUCAGAGCACCACUCUUCAAGAUCAGGAUGAUGAGCAGACUAAGUAUAUGGAAACAUGUAUUUUUAAUAUUGACAGUCGGAAUGUGGAAGAUCAUGAUCUCAUGGUAGUCAGGGGCACAGAUAUUACUAGUGAGAGUGAGCAAAACUCUGAUGUGCAAGAUCGUAAUGGUGUCAGCUGUGUAGAUGAAAGCACUUCCUGCUGUGCCAACAACCCUGACAAGCAGAAUGAAGAUCUCACGGAUAUCAAAUUGCGUAAAGAUGGCCUGGGUGUUAACAGUGAAGAUAUCCAAGAAAUCAGCUGCAAAGGUACAACCAUUAACAACAAUAAUAGCUCAGAGAGUCAAGGGAUCAACUCCAUCAAUAAUACAAGCACACAUAUUGACACUCUUGACUGCGAAAAUUUGCAACUAGAAGAUCUUGAUGGAGUUUCUUACAAAGGUCCAUCAGUUCAUGCUCAUGAGCAAGAUCAGGACCUGGAAAGCAUCAGCCAUGAUGUUUUGAACCACAACUGUGACCGUAGUGCAAAUAUUUCUUCAGAAGUGAGUCAUCCAAAAAUGAACACUGUAAUUGUGGAUCAAGAAGAGACUGAGAAUGUAAUGAUGAUACCAUUAAACAGUUGUUCACUAAUACCUAAGUCCUCUGGAGAACAAAUGCAUGUGGAAGGUUUUCUGGAUCUAAAUGACCAAGUAACAAAAGGUGAAAAAAACAGAUGGCGGUUGGCAGGUCCUCUUCAGUCCCAUUAUCAUCCUCCAGAGAAUAUAACGUUUAAUGGCUCAGGUAACUUACAGAUUACACAACCUUAUCUCUCUUCAGGGCAACGGAGUUCUUCAGUUUACUUGGAUAAUGGCGUUUUAAGUCAGCAGCAGGAUCAACUCACCACGUCUGCGUUCAUAAUGGACAAUCCAUCAUCAGUUAUUGAGCCCUUCUCAAAUCUGCAGAGCAAUGGUCAGCUCCAGAUGGUGAAGGACAUUGGAGCAGUCUCCUACCCACUUCAGCAUGCAAAUAGCAUUGAACAGUCAACUGGUUUGCAUUCAUUGGCAAAUAAUCGUUUGGUUCAAUCUGCUCCAUUCCCCAGGUCGUUGCAGGAGCAGCAGUUAACUGAUCAGAGUGAUAAUUGUCUCUAUGGACAACUUCACAAGGAUAUCUAUGCUGAUGUGAGUUUUCCAACUAAAGUAAACCCUCCUAUAUCUGGACAGCAUUCUUAUGCUGCUUUUGCUUCGAUGGAUCAUAGGUAUAACUGGUUCGCUGAUGGUUGUCAGUCGCAUAACAAUAAUCUGUCGGGGUUGGAGUCUGGUAACUGCUUAACCGAGGCCUUGCCAAGUGGAAGCAACACCCAUGGAACUCUGUUCAGCGCCAUAUCUCAGUACAAGCAGCCAUCAUUACACGUGGGACAUGGUGGGUCAAGCCCCAGCCAGCUCCUUGAACCAAGGAAUCAAGUUUGUCCGCCUCAAAAUUUUCUGCCUAGGAGUCAAGACACAAACCUUCCAUUUUCAGACAUGUAUGGCUACACCCAGAAUGUGGCCAGUGGCACGAGCAGUCAGGUAGCACCUGUAGGCUCUCUGGAUGGGUCGCAUUGGACAAACUUCAUACAACAGAGUCCUGGAAUGCUGCCUGACAUCACAAACAGGCCGUUUCGAGGGCCCUGGACCAGAUAACUCUGUAGGUGCUGCCUGAGUUGGUUAAUAAGGAGAUUGGGGGCAGGCUGGAACAGAAUGUUUUCCAGCAUUAUUGAUGACUGACAUGGUAGUGGUUUUGAGCUGCUUGAAUGGUGGUUUCUGAACGUAAUUUUGUGCCAUUCCUGCCCGAAUAUGGGCGCUGGGAAUCUGGAGAGUCAGGAGCUGAUGAUUCCCAUUUUUGCGGUUGUCCAGCUAUUUUUCUUCUUUUUUUAUUUGCUUUGAUAAUAAGCUGUGCCCCAAUCUCCAUGUGUAGGCUGCCUCUGUAGUGCCCCUCAGCAAACUAAAACCUGAUGCGGGGUUGUGUUGUUCUUAGCGAUGGUUCUCGGCGCACGGGCCAUGUGGUUAUAGUGUUUUCUAACAUUGCGUUUCAUGUCACCCCUUUGUACAUCUUUACUGGCACGUCGCCGCCUGCUUGUUGGUUAAUCUGAGCGCUAAGGCAGGCGAGGCAUUGGGUUGGCAAUUUUGAGCCUUGCCUAACUUGUGUACCACCUUUAAAAAGUUUGUAUUUUUC